AUGGACGAGGCUAAUAUUCCACCCAUAACCGAGGAGGUACCAACAGAGACCCCCUCAGGUGGUAUUCGAGCUGUGAAACGCGAGUUACUGGAGUGGUUCCACUCCCCCAUAAACCGUUCCCUUCUCAUCUUCAAACUUUUUUACUUCCUCUUCUACGCCGCUUUUGGCUCGCUCUUCCCCCUCCUCUCUAUUUAUUUCAAACAACUCGGUUUGAAUGCUACCCAGUGCGGCUCUUUGGGAGGUGCUCGAUCUCUUGUUGAGUGGGUGGGUGCACCCUUCUGGAGUGGCAUUGCUGAUCGAUGGAAAAAGGGCAUACUUUUCCUCAUGAUCAGUCUCCUCAGUUGGGUUGUUUUCACUCUUGGCUUGGGUUUUGUUCGGCCGCAGCCGGAGGGCUGUCUUGUAUCCGUUAGUGGCAUACAACCAAAGAACAGCUCCGAUCAUCCCUUCGAUAUCCGAAUUAUGGAGCCCUAUAGGGAAGUCACUAGCGAACGUAUUGAAGCCAUUGAAAUGAAACCCUACUUAGCUGUCUACGGAAACACUCGAAUUGGGCAGUCGCCGUUGGAACUCAAUCUAAAGAAACUCCUCCAUAAAGAACGUUCCGAGGGAUCAUUGGAGUCAAUGAGCAUCGACCGAAGUGGAACUCACGCUAGAGUCACAGAUGAGGAAGCUUUUGCUGAUAUAAAUCACUACUCCGAGGGCAGUCUCGUAAUGCCUCUCUUCUCCACAGUGGUUUACCGAAGGAGUAAAAUCAAUCAGAUCUUCAUUGUCGCAAUGAUUCUCAUCUGUGUUGGGGCCUUCUUCUCUAGUCCAGCCAUUUGUCUUGCCGACUCGGCAGUAAUGAGCUAUUUAGAAGAGAACGGACCCCACCUCUAUGGUCGACAACGCAUGUUCGGCUCGGUAGGCUGGGGCUUGGCUAUGUUUUUCGUCGGUAUCGCGCUGGACCAAUCACAGAGCUUCCCGGAUCAUCCUUGUCUUCGACCGGGACGUCGAGAGAAGAACUAUAUGGUCGGCUUCGCAGUAUUCACCGUCUUUAUGUCCUGCGCCGCCAUUGCUGGAAGCCAAUUACGCUUCGCUUAUGAUGGAGCAGUGGAAAGCAUGUAUUUCAAGGUGAUGAAAGACAAGGUGACAAAGACCCUCCGCCGUGGAAGAAUAGGAAAGAAUAGAGGGAAAUUGGUAAACGAGGACGAUGGAGAUGAGGAAGAAUGGAGGGGUGACGGAGGAUAUUCUCAGGUGCCAUCGGGAAGUGAAGGCGUAGCUGGAGAGGCCUCUGCUUCAAACGAGGACAUCCUUGAACAGCAGUUGGGAAUUAAGCUCAACCGCAGCAGGGUGGAGCGAUCAAACACGCUUGCCGACUUGCCCGCUUCCGACCCCUUCGUGGAGGACUUGGCUGCCACUGCUCAAACGAAGAUCACCGAAUACUUGACCGUUCUGAAGCAGUUCACCCGGCCCAGGCUGACGUUUUUCCUUAUCGUUACCUGGUUUAUGGGCAUCGGUUCAGGGAUUGUGUUCAACUUUCUCUUCUGGCAUCUGCAAGAACUCGGUGGUUCUCCGACACUCUAUGGCAUCGCAUCUAUCAUAAAUUACCUCUCUGAGAUUGUCACCUACUACUUUAGCAAACCAGCAAUUGAAAGAUUUGGACACAUUAAAAUCCUCUACCUCGGACUUCUCGUAAACGUUCUGCGUUUCCUCUACGUCUCUUGGAUCGGCAAUCCCUGGUGGGUAUUGCCCUUUGAAUUCGUUCACGGUUUAACGAACGCAGGUGUGUGGGCGGCCAGUUGCUCCUACAUAGCGCAGAGCUUUGAGUCUCAAUACCGAAUCUCAACACAGGGCGUUCUUCAGGGCGUGAACCACGGAUUUGGAAAGGGUCUUGGGGCCAUCAUUGGUGGCGUCAUCACUACAUACUUCGGCACCGGCAAUUUGUUCCGCGCCUAUGGAGCCACAUCUGCCCUCAUUCUAAUUGGUUUCCUAUUGAUAAACUACCUGGUCAAAGAGAAGACGGCAGCGACUUCAGAGGGUGAAAAGACGAUAGAUGAUAAAAAACCGACUCUGGCCACAGGCGGAACUUUCGAUGAAUCGGCGUUCAUGUCGCCAGCAGGGACACCCUUCAUUCCCGCCUCACGAACUCCAGCUGGGGUGGCUGCGACUAGAAGUGGCCCCAACAAUUCAUAUAAUGGGAAGGGUCUAGAUGAUGGGAUGGAGAACCUUUAUCCACCGAAACGAAGAGAAUAG